AUGGACGUUAUAUUGAAUUAUUCCAAAGAAAUACAAGGAGCAUUGUUAGGCUUCGAAAUCGACUUGCAAGCGCCAGGAACUCCAUACAAAGAAUUUGUGCUUGGGUUUUCGUGGGUAGUUUAUGUUUUUGAACAAUAUCUAAGUUAUCGUCAAUACAAGAAGUUACAAGACCCCAAUCCGCCAAAAAGUCUCGCGGACAACAAGGAAAUUUGCGAGAAAUAUCCGAAAGCACAAUCGUAUAGCAUUGAUAAAGCGAAAUUCCGGUUUUUUGCAGAUUUUUUGGGACAGGUGGAAACGACGGCGGUCAUUAUGUUGGAUGGGUUACCAUGGAUGUGGAAUCUCGCGGGAAAAGCAUUAGAGUUUGCUGAAUUUGAUCCUAAUCAAUAUGAGAUUCUUCAAUCUUGUCUUUUCGCGAUUAUUUGGAGUCUUCUAUCGUUUAUAAUUACACUUCCCACUUCACUCUGGUAUAAUUUUGUGAUUGAAGAACGUCACGGAUUUAACAAGAUGACGCUUCGGCUGUAUGUCAAGGAUACACUCAUAACAAUGGCGCUGUUUUGUGUCAUUGGUUUACCGGUGUUAUCACUUGCCCUCUACAUUAUCAAAUGGGGUGGAGAGAAUUUCUUCUUUUACGUGUGGUUAUUCGUUUUCGUAUUCAAUUUUAUCAUGCUCACAAUCUAUCCGACACUCAUACAACCACUGUUCAACAAAUUGACGCCACUUCCUGAAGGCGAGCUCCGAACAAAAAUUGAAGAGCUGGCGUCACGUAUUAAUUUCCCAUUGAAAAAGUUGUACGUGAUUGACGGGAGUACGCGGUCGAAACAUUCGAAUGCGUACUUUUACGGAUUCUUUAAAAAUAAGAGGAUUGUGCUGUUUGAUACAUUGAUCGAAUCUGCGGAAAUUGAGGAAAUUGUUGCCAUCGUUGGCCAUGAAUUAGGCCACUGGUACCUAAACCACACAAUAAAGGUACUAACCAUCGCACAAGUACAAAUAUUCACACUCUUCUUCCUCUUCUCUCAAUUCAUCAACAACACCGCGUUAUACCAUUCGUUCGGAUUUGACACGAGGCCCAUAUUAAUUGGGUUUAUCUUGUUCAACUAUAUUUAUUCACCGAUUGAUCACGUUAUUUCUUUCUUGAUGAAUAUCUUGAGUCGGAAACACGAAUUUGAAGCUGACGCGUACGGGAAAAAGUUGGGAUACGCAGAACAACUCAAGUCUGGUCUGAUCAAGAUUCAUACAAAGAAUCUAGGAAACAUGAGUAAUGAUCCUUGGUAUUCGGCGUAUCAUUUUUCGCAUCCGCCGCUUCCGGAAAGAUUGAGCGCGCUAAUUAAAGUAGAUUAG